AUGGUUCUGUUAACUUUCGUUCACAAAGGCACUGAAACAGAAUUAAGCCUUAAAGAAGACGAACCUAUUUCUACAGUAGUGUCAUUUCUUCGACAAAAAUUUAAUAUAACUGCGGAAAACAUUUUAUUAAUAUACAAAGGUAGAGAAAUUCAACUGCAAUCAACACUUAAGUCAUUUAAUUAUAUAAGAGGUACACCAAUUUACACAUUUCCAAUCGAUUUUAGUGUUCAUGAAAAAAUAACAUCUGAAUACGAUGAAAAACAGAUUAAAUAUGAGCUUGAACUAUUAGAUUUUGUGUCAAAAGGUAUACCAUAUGAUUUAGCUUCUCAGAUUUUACAGCAACAAAAUAAUUCUACAAUUUUAGCCUUAAAUGAGCAUAUUGAUCGAAAAAUUAAUGCCCACAAUGAUCUGACACCUUUUGAGCAAUGCAUUUAUAAAGACAAGCAAAUUUCGGCAUUUUUACCAGAAAAUGAAAUUAAAAGCUCUUUUAUCAACUUAGAUUCGGCAACAAUUUACCCAUGUUAUCCAAGAAAGCAAGAUACUGAAACCGAACAAGAAAAAAGAACCGGAUUUCUCUCAUCAACUAUAAGAGACCUUUAUUUUGAACAUCCUGAAAAAAUAGAACGUCUUAUUAAAAUCCACUGUCCUGACGUAUUCCAAAAGUACAAAGAAAACCCUGAACGCGGAUUAGCUUUCUUAGGAAUGAUUAGGUAUAACAAUAAAACAGCACCAAUUGAAUUCACAUACCAUUGUAAGCCAUCUUAUCUUAACGAUAUAACGGCUGAAGAUGACAAAAAUUUACAAGAAUUUUACAAUAAAGGUUUUGAUCCCGAAACUGUGAGAGUGCAUUAUAUUGCUUGCAACAAAAACUUAUGGCUAUUACGAAAGAUGCUGAAGUAG